CCAUGAAGAUGCGCAGUCGCAACAUCGUCGCUCGGGCGGCAGCCAAGGGCCAACGCUUGUUUCUAUACACUCUUAUUUCCUUCGGGUUGACCACCAACGACAUUUGGAAGGCAGUGUGCACUGGCAGCCAAGUCGACGUCGCCGAGUCCGUUGUUCGCUCCACAAAUCUCGAUGUGUGGGACGACGCCUACCUCAACGUCGCGGCAUUGAACGGCCAUUUUGAGCUCGUGUGCUUCCUUGCCCGUCACCACCCUAGUGGUAUCAACCAGCAAACCAUCACGCUCGCCAUCAAGCAGAACCAACUGGCGACAAUCCAAGAGCUCCUCGGCCUUGGUCCGUCGCCAAAGCUCUUGGUGGAGCAUGCGCUGCAAGCGGCUGUCGAGCAUCGUCGUCUUGACAUUCUGCGCUGGCUCUGUACGCAGCGCGACGCGCGAGCUUUCUUCAAGGCGACGCGGGCCAUGGCCAUCUACUACUGCGCGCCGGUCGACAUCGUCGAAUGCAUCGGCGCCGCGUGGACCCAGCACGUGGCGAUGCAGCGGAUUCGCAUGGUGCUUCAGUCUGAGCGCCUCGUGACGACCAUUACGUCCUACCAAAAUGGCUUUGAUGCGAGCACGGUCGCCAUGAACGCGCUUUGCAAGGACCUUGCAACUUACCGCACCGAAGAUCGCAACCGUGCACUCGACUGGAAAUGGACGCGCGCAUUACGGUCUCGCCAAGAAAUUGGGUGCAUCGACGUUGCUUUGAACGCCUUUACAACGGUGCACCUCGAGCUCCUCGUGUUUCAGGCCAAGCUCGGCUUCAACGAGGGCUUCGUGUGGCGCGCGUAUGUUCACGAGGACCUCUCCUACGCGGCUGCGAAGGGCCACCUCAACGUGAUUCGGUUCUUUCACGAGCACGACUACGACGGCUUUGACAAGGACACGAUCGCGUUGGCUGUCGGCAGUGGCAAUCUGAAGCUUGUCCAGUUCCUUUUGGCGCACCGAAAGGAAAGCACGCUUUCCAAAGCUUUGCUGGCCGCAGCCGACAAAGACAAACUCGACAUCCUCCGCUGGUUGUGCGACCAACCGCGCGCCUCGCGCUAUCUUGAGGCGACCAUGCAGCAAGCGGAGACGAGUGCAAGCCGCAAGUGCAUCGAGUACCUCGCGACACUGCCACGCGCGGCCAAGCCAAUCUCCGACGAAUGCCCGCUCAAGCGCAAGGCCACCGUGUUGCUCUAA